UAAGUGAAAUUUGGCGCAAGCAGAGUACUGUGUCCAAAUGGCACGUGGGAAAUUCAAGAGGUCCAAGGGCAACAAAAAGCACAAGCACACGAAUACUAAACGGUUUCACCACAAAAGAAAUAAUUCGAAAUUAUUCCAGAAAAGAAACGCAGCGCAACUGAAAAAAUACGGCGAUUCGCGUGAUAGCGAAGAUGCUGAAGGAACAAGUUUCAAGAGGAGGAAGAUUACCAAGGAAAUCCGAGAUACAGAGGUGAACAUGUAUGAUGAUUCGUCAGAGAAAGAACAAGAUGUAUUCAAACAGCUCCUGAAAACAUUUGUUGGAGAUCAUUUCGAGAACCAAUGUAAAUCAGUGGAGAGUGACACAAGUUCCGAGGAAGAAGGGGCAGAUGACAAAACAGAAGUGGGAGAGGGUGAAAUGGUGAAAAAUGAACAGGAAGGUCACUUUGAAGAGGGAAACAGUGACGGUGAAAGUGAAUAUUCUGAAGGCGAUCAUGACGAAAUUGACAAUGAUUUAGAUCCUUUUGUACGUCAUUUCCAUUAUGAUUUGGAAGAAAAUUUGCUUGAAGCUAUGUCCACAACACCCCAAUCUGUAGAUAAGCAUCAACAACAUUGGCCUGUUCUUGGUCGAUUUACUGCCCACAUACCAAGGGCAACAAAUAGAAUUUCCAUGUCAGUUCCAAAAGCGACUCUUGAAGAUGAAAAGCAAUUUGCAAAAGAAGGAAUCAUCCCACACAGAAUAACUGGAGUCAAUUGGGCCCAAUUACAUGUCAAAACACAGAUUCAAAAUAAUAUCAGCAAAGCAAAUUAUACAAACCUUUGUGAGAUCCAAGAUGAAAGUGCCAGCCCUCUUACUAAUUUUCAAAUGGAAUUAUUCUCCAUUAUAAACGGUUACCAGGAUUUAUACUAUCCAGAACGAACUUUAAAGAAUGGAGAGGAAAUAAGAUUUACAUAUUGCCUUCAUUCAGUGAAUCAUAUUUUGAAAACACGAACCAAAAUCAUUCAUCAUAAUAACAGAUUGUUGAAUAAGGAUCAAGUACCUGAAGAAUACAGAGACCAGGGGUUGGUGCGUCCAAAGGUGGUUAUUUUAGUGCCAUUCAAAGAAGCCGCAUUAAGGGUGGUGAAAAUGAUCAUGGAUAUUGUUACACCUGGUGAAAAGGCCAAUGUUAUGAACAAGAAGAGGUUUUUUGAUGAAUUCACUGGAAGUGAAAUUGUUAUGCCAAAGAAGAAACCUCGUCCUGAAGACUAUGAACUGACAUUUGCAGGCAACACUGAUGACACCUUCCGAAUUGGAAUUACAGUCACCAAGAAAAGUAUCAGGCUGUAUGCCGAUUUCUACUCCGCUGACAUAAUUGUAGCAUCACCCCUUGGUCUGCGUGUUAUUGUUGGCGCUGAUGGAGAAGAAGACCGAGAUUUUGACUUCCUUGCAUCAGCAGAGCUCCUUGUACUGGAUCAAGCAGACAUAUUUCUUAUGCAGAAUUGGGAUCAUUUACUUCAUGUUAUGGAUCACUUUCACCUCCAGCCUCGAGAAGCCCACGGCACCAACUUUGCCCGAGUCCGCUCUUGGGCUCUAAAUGGUUGGAGUCGAUAUUACAGGCAGACUCUCCUCUUCUCGUCCAUAAUGCUUCCAGAAUUGAAUGCUCUUAUAAGCAGGAAAUGCCACAAUUAUGCUGGAAAAAUUUGUAUAGCAAACCCUGAUCUCACAGGUACCAUAUGCCAUGUGGUGGUCCAGUUGCCACAGGUUUUCCACCGAUUUGAUGUGCCGUCAGUAGCACAAACUGCAGACGGAAGAUUUGAUUUUUUCAUCAAGAAAAUCCUUCCACAGUAUAAAGACUCAGUUACUAGUCAUGUUCUUAUUUAUGUUCCAUCAUACUUUGAUUAUGUAAGACUGAGAAACUACUUCAAAAGAGAAGGCUUGGGCUUUGUGCAAAUAUGUGAAUAUUCAAAGGAUGGCAAGAUAGCCAGGGCAAGAGACAUGUUUUUCCAUGCCGAAGCCCAUUUCUUGCUUUAUAGUGAGAGAUUUCAUUUCUUCAGGCGUCCUUCCAUCAAAGGGAUCCUACAUAUUAUCUUCUACCAGCCGCCAACUUUCCCACAUUUCUACAGUGAGAUGUGCAAUUUUAUUCAGGCUACAAACCAGAACCAAGAAUCUGGUAAUGAAAGCAACACAACCGUAACAGUGCUUUAUUCCAAGUACGAUGUUCAGCAGUUGGCUGCUAUUGUAGGAACUGAUCGUGCUGCUCGAAUGGUCAGUUCCGAAAGAAAUGUGCAUAUGUUUAUGACAGGCGAAUGAUACCAAGUGUAAUAAAAAUGUUUUUCCUUACGA